AUGGCGAAGGCCUCCUUGGUUCGCUCCUUCCCGGGCUUCCUGAUGCAGUCUGCGGGCGCCCUCGGGGCCCAGCGCCGCCCGCUCUGCUGCAGCUCGGGCCUGGGCCCGGUCUCGCCGGCGCUGCUGCGCUCGGGGGCCUUCGUGCGGGGCCGCUGGCUGCAAGCCGGAGCCUCUUUCCCCGUGCGGGACCCCGGCAGCGGCGCCGAACUGGGCCGGGUGGCCGACUGCGGGGCGGAGGAGGCCCAGGCCGCCGUGAAAGCCGCCUACGAGGCCGGGCCCGCUUGGAGCAAAGCCACCGCCAAGGAAAGAAGUACAUUACUUCGCAAAUGGUAUGAUUUGAUGAUAGAGAACAAAGAUGACCUCGCCAGGAUCAUUACAGCAGAGAAUGGGAAACCACUGAAAGAAGCGCAAGGGGAGAUCCUAUAUUCUGCUUCUUUCUUGGAAUGGUUUGCCGAAGAAGCUCGACGCGUUUAUGGCGAUAUCAUCCCAUCUUCUGCAAAAGAUAGGCGAUUCUUGGUGCUGAAACAGCCUGUGGGGGUUGCUGCCAUCAUUACCCCUUGGAAUUUCCCAAGUGCUAUGAUCACAAGAAAAGUGGGUGCAGCUCUGGCCGCUGGUUGUACGGUGGUAGUGAAGCCAGCAGAAGAUACACCUUUAUCUGCAUUAGCACUUGCUGAGCUUGCAAACCAGGCUGGAAUUCCUGCUGGAGUAUACAAUGUGGUCCCAUGUUCUAGACAACAGGCACCAGCGGUUGGGGAAGUGUUGUGCACAGAUCCAUUGGUCUCCAAAAUCUCUUUUACUGGCUCAACAGCCACAGGAAAGAUACUGCUGCGCCAUGCUGCUGGCACUGUGAAGAGGGUCUCCAUGGAGCUUGGAGGACAUGCUCCAUUCAUAGUGUUUGACAGCGCUGAUGUAGACAAGGCUGUCACAGGAGCGUUAAUGUCCAAAUACAGAAACUCGGGCCAGACUUGUGUUUGCACAAAUCGGUUCUUGGUGCAAAAAGGGAUCCAUGAUGCAUUUGUGGAAAAGUUUGCAGAAGUCAUAAAAAGAGAGCUGCAUGUUGGCUAUGGUUUUGAUGAAGGGACUACGCAGGGGCCACUAAUUAAUGAAAAAGCAGUGGAAAAAGUUGAAAAUCACAUCCACGAUGCAGUAUCACAUGGUGCUUCCAUUGUUACUGGAGGGAAACGACACAGUUAUGGGAAGAAUUUCUUUGAGCCGACUCUACUUAGCAAUGUCACCACAAGCAUGCUAUGUACGCAAGAGGAAACAUUUGGUCCUCUGGCCCCAGUUAUCAAGUUUGAUACAGAGGAAGAAGCUCUUGCCAUAGCAAAUUCAACUAACGUGGGUUUAGCAGGCUAUUUCUACUCCCGAGAUCCUGCCCAGAUUUGGAGAGUUGCGGAGCAGCUGGAAGUUGGGAUGGUUGGUAUUAAUGAAGGACUUCUGUCUUCCGUGGAGUGUCCAUUUGGUGGCGUUAAACAAUCUGGUUUAGGAAGAGAAGGUUCAAAAUAUGGCAUUGAUGAGUAUCUGGAAAUAAAGUAUGUCUGUUUUGGAGGAUUGCAGUAGCCGUCAGUUAAUGUGUUUCCUUAGAAUUAUUAGACUAUUCAUAAGUUUAGUGUAGCAAGAUUGUUUGUCCCUCCUCCUCUUCUUAAAAUGAAAGCAAUCAUGUUUCUAUGUAAUGGUGCCUUUUGUUUACCAUAGUUUGAAAUAUGUAAAACAACUACUGGGAAAUCCAUUUGUGUGCAUAUAUAGCAUAAGAAUAUAGACAUAAUUUAUAAUUUUCAUUAAAAUGCUGGAAGAAAUCUUCAGAGGAAUCAAGUGUUUCAUAAUUAAUGUAUGCAUUUUGGAGUCAAUAGAGCAGAUAUUAGUUUUUUUUACCCACACUGUGAAAAUGUCGCUAUAAUUGUAUCUUCAUAAUAUCUGUGCCAAAUAUUGAAGUUGGACUUCUUUCUAAUGAACGUCUUCUGAUUGUUUAAUUCGGGGCUUCUAUGAUAUGUUAAUGCUAGUAGGUUAAGAAAUAUCCCACACUUUAUUAUUUUUCAACUGUUGACUGGAAUUUAAAUGCCUUUGCAAGCAUAUGUGUAGCUCUAAUAGGACUAGCACAUAUUGAAAGAGAGAAUUGUGUUUUGUGCCUAACAGUUGAAACUUUUGACCAAAUGUUACAGUUACACAAUAGCACAAAAAUAUGAGUAUGAACCAUUGUAGUAUCUUCUCACUGGAGAAACUGUAAUGCAUUUGCAUCUCCAGGUAUUCCUGAUGGCAGAAAAGGAAAACUUCUCAAUUUCUAAAAGGCAGUAACUAACUAUAUAGGUGAGCACAAAUGCAGAGCUAAAUUAUUCAGAUCCAUCUUCCUCAGUUGUUACUUGAGGAAGCAGGUAUUUAAUUCAAGUUCUAUGGUAAAUAGGCUCAGAUUUUGCUUAUUUAAAUUCAUUUACUUGCUGCUAAGUAGUAUUUCCUUUCUGAAGGCCAUUUUUUCUCUAUGAGGUCCUAACACUAAUUCUAGAGAGGUAUGAAAAGUUUUGAUCUCAGCACCAUGCACAAUCAGAAGGUGACCAAAAAACCUAACUUGUCAAUCCUAUUUCAUCAUUUGGUUGAGACCUAGAUGAAAUUACUUCCCUUCCCUUCCUGACUGUUGUGUUGGCUGUAGAAGUUGGUCAUUCUUAUUCAGAUGUGCCAUGAAGUAUUCCGAGUAUGGAUACAAUGGAAAAAUGAUGAAAAUGUUAAUAUAAAUAUAAAUACAGCUGCUUUCGAAUUGGAUUUGCACUUUAUCCACAUUGCAAAACUUCAUUUGAGGUUCUGCAUAACGUUUUUGAGAGAUCCUUCCUACCUUUGAGGAAAAAAAGUAUGUCCAUGCUCCGCAGAGUGUUUACAGAUGAAGCCAAGGUUUGUAUACACAAGUUUGUACCAUAAACUGUACACCUUUGCAAUAUGUUCAAUUGCAUCUGGGGCAUAACACUACUCUUCAAAACUGAUAUGCAACAUGAUCAUUUACCAUUUAGAGAACCCCUCUUUGGACAUACAGGUUCAGGGUGUGAAUUGGCUUCUGGGUUUAACAAAGUUCAGCUGAAGUGUAGUGUGAACUAUUGUGUAUUUUUUCUUCUCUGAUGUAAUAAGGCUAGAAUUGAUGUAUUAAGGUAAUAAAAUAGAUGUAUUAAUAGAUGUAUUAAGGUAGUAAAAUUGUGGUACUACUGAAAAGCACAUUUUGUAGCACUAAUUGCCGCCCCGUAAAAGAGCAAGAAGUGCCUAAUGUUUUGUCUAUAUUGCAACAAAUAGAAUACCUAGUUCAUAAAGAAAUCACUGUGCCAAAGAGGCUGAGGACAAGAUCUAUACAUACAGUUUUGUAUAUCAUAAAGACAAGGCCUUUUGUGAUUCCUUCUGCCUUUUACCACAGUCACUUCAAAAACAAUUGCACAUGCUCUUCAGUGCCAGCCCAGCAUAUGAAGACAAAUUGUGAUCGGCCGCUUGUAAGUCAAUCUAUAGUGGAACUAAGCCAAUCUAUAAUAGAAACUAUCAUCAAACAAAAAGAUUUUCAGCUAUAGAACUUCAGUUCCUUUGCGGAAAAUCAUAGUUAAGUUGUUCUCAACCUGUGGGUCCCCAGGUGUUUUGGCCUACAACUCCCAGAAAUCCCAGCCAGUUUACCAGCAGUUAGGAUGUCUGGGAGUUGAAGGCCAAAACAUCUGGGGACCCACAGGUUGAGAACCACUGGCAUAGUUGAAUGACCCCAUUUCCAAAUCAGUUGAACAAUUAGCAUGGAGGAGGGAAUGCUAACUUGGAAUUUCUUUUUCAAAAUGUUAUUAAAAGCAUCUUCAAAAUUUUGUAGGAAAGUAAAGGGUUUAUGAGAAGCACAACUUGUUUGUAGUAUGUGACAAGAUACUAUUAACCUACUGGUCUAAGACCUUUUUCUGGGGCAGGUUGACUAUAUACAUAUAAUUUGUGUAUAUUUUUUAUUUUUUUACAUAGAUGUAUUAAAACUGUUGUAUGAAAGGAAUUCCGUAACCGAGGAGUUACUUGAAUUCUUUAAAAAUGUUUUGUCCUUUUUUCUAACAAGUGUGUUUACAUGACAUGAGUGUUAAAAACAGACCUAAUAAUGUAAUAAACGUUUAAUUUUAAAUUUA